AAAUAUCAUUAGAAAAAAGACUACACGCUUAGCUCGGUGACACUACUUGGAGAUUUACCAUGCAUUUAAUAAAAAUUUCAACAACAGUAUUCAGUGUGUUUAGUUUGUACACUACUCUGGUCUCGGGUGACUACUCGUGUGUGUGUAACUACAAUGUCGAGAAGAGUGUAUUUACAACAACGAAUGAGCAGGGCAGUCCUAUUGGAAUGUUGUAUGAAUUUGAUUGCAAACAGAAACUAGACUUGCAGCAAGGAACACAGGGGUGGUUCAGAAUUGCUUUCGAGCACCAGAUUGGAUACCUAAAACAAGACGACCGGAUUGAACUUCAGCUUUGUCCAGGAGAUCCACCACAUGAUGAUACUGUGACUACUGUUUCACCCCCAGUCUCCUCGACCCAGUCAGCGGUCACAUCGUCUACGAAACAGGCAUCAACCACUGGAAUGGUAACCCAUACUGUACCAUCUAGUAUUCCAAAUGCAUUCAGUUUAGGGAAUGCAGACCUGUGUUCAGAUAAAGUACGAACAUUUGCACGCUCACACCAUGGAAUCGUAGCACAAUUUGAAAAUAACUGCUACGUUUUAGUCAAAGAUAUUCAACAUUGGCUUCAAGCAGAGCAAAGCUGUAAUUCAGCAGGUGGUCAUUUGGUGCACCUUUCUAGCCGGGUGGAGCAAUCGUAUAUAUACUCCUUUCUUAAAAGACAUUAUGAUCACUCUAUCUGGAUUGGUCUAAGCGACAUACAGCGUGAAGCACAUUUCCAAUGGUCUUCAGGACAACAGUUUUACUUUGUUAACUGGGCAAACCACACCCAUUUCUCCGACACGUUCGAGGAUUGUGUUGUAAUGGACAUGCAUAUACAUGGAGGAAAAUGGGACGAUAGAGAGUGUACUUUUGAAUUCUACCCUUAUAUUUGCCAGUAUGGACUUGCAGGGACCGAAGUACAACUCACGACACAGUCUUCUCUCCAGAACUCGAAUUACACAGAUGGUAAUACGCAGCUUUGUCCAGGCCAGAUCAGAAGCGAUGUUGCCUUUCAUGGAGCAAUACUCGGACAGUAUGAACGAGGAUGCUACGAACUUCUUCUUAACAAGAAAGUUUCCUGGGAACAUGGUGAAAAUAUUUGCCAGUCAAAAGGAGGUCAUUUAGCACACAUUAGCAAUUCACAACAACAAGCGUUUUUAGAAAGCUUCAUGCAGCGUCACAAUCCAAGUCAUGCGGUCUGGCUCGGACUUCAUGAUACUAUAACAGAAGGAACAUUUCAAUGGACAGCAGGAACUAGUGUACAGUUUACGAACUGGAUAGCUGGACACAGUGACAACACCCUGGGUGGACACAAUCGUGAAGACUGUGUCACAUUUGUACCACAAAAACAAGGUUACUGGGACGAUGUAUCUUGUGGAUAUGAGGAAAUAUUCGGUGACGAUACUGGGGAAACUCACUAUGCUUUUUGUCAGUAUAAAGUCCACAGUGCUACACCAAUCGUUGGAUAAAUUCCUUCUUUUGAAAUUGUGCGGAUAUAAACAAGUUACAAAGAAAUAAAAUAUUCAGUUAAAUAGAAGCAUGUAACAGAGCGCAGAAUAAAGUAUGAGCUACAAAUUGUGUGUUUUUUGGCUGACAUGUGUUUUUCUUAUUUUUAAAUUCAAAACAGUUCUAAAGAAGGGCUUGUGAAACGAAGAAAGUACUAAAAGAAUGUAAGCAUUGCUUUUCAUACCUAGUUUUAAUACGAACUAAAUUGCAGCUGGAAUGGGUUGAAUAAAGUAUUAGCGUGGACAU